AGGGCAGGCAAUGAACGAUAUAGAGGGUGAUCCAAGUAAUAGGAGUGUUAAAAGAUUUAAAGGUCCAUCUUCAGACUCAAGUUUGGAAUCUCAGCAGGUGUGUUCCCAAGAUGCAGAGCAAUUAUCUUAUGGAUCCAAUGCUCUGAUGAGAGAUGCACAGGAUAACCAUCCUUUAGCACCUUCUGGAGAUUCUAAGGUGCCAAGCUCUUUACCAAAUGCUGGAGAUAACUGUGAGACACAGUUAUCCGCUAAUAUGCUGGCAUUUGUUCAGAACGAUUCCAAGCAUUUCUCCAAUUCUGAUAAUUCAGCUGCUAAUAUAAGGAGUGACAACGCUCAGAUCAGUCCCCAGAUGGCUCCAUCUUGGUUUGAUCGGUAUGGGGCAAUUAAAAAUGGGAAAAUGUUGCCCGUAUAUGAUACUCAAAAAGUUGACAUGAUGAACGCCACAGAAAAAGCAUUCAUUGUUGGUCAGGCCUCCAACAGUUUGCAUGUUCAUACAAGUGAGCAUGAUGCUGGUCCACUGGAUAAAGUGCGGCAAAGUUCAAACUUUAUGCCAACAGAAACUGAAUAUAUCUCCCCCCACUCACUGCCACCUGAUAACGCAAGUCAGAAUUUGGUGGCUGCAAGAGCAAUGAAGCGCAAGAUAAUGACACUUGAGUUUCUACCAUGGCAUAGAGAAGUGACACAGGGUUCCCAAAGGCCACAGAACAUCAGUGCGGCAGAAGUAGAAUGGACGCAUGCAGCAAAUCGGUUGAUUGAGAAGCUCAAGGAUGAACCUGAAAUGAUUAAAGAUUGGCCACCAGUGCUUAGAUCAAAAAGAAGGCUUGUUUUGACAACACAGCUUUUGCAGCAACUACUUUGCGCUCCUCCAAGGGUGGUUCUUUUGGCAGAUGCCAGAAAAAACUAUGAUACUCUGGCCUAUUUUGUUGCCAGAUCAGUCUUGGAGAUACAUGCAGCAUGGCGUAUAUAACUGAAAGUGACACAGCUUUUCCUCCUCUCAGUGGAAGCAUUCUCUCUGAAAAGCAGAGGGAGCAGAGAAAUCAAUCCAUCUUGAAGACUGCAGAAGGGUUUAUCGACAGAGCAAAGAUGCUGGAAAACAGUUUACGGAGUCUGGUCAAGAGAGCCUCGGUCUCAGACUUAAGAUUGGAAUGUCAGGAUCAAGAGAAGGUGUCAGUCAUCACUCGCUUGGCCAAGUUCCAUAGCAGGGGUCAAGCAAAUGGGGCGCACAAAUUCUUUGGCCAAAGAUACGUUAUUGCUCUACCAAUGCCUGGAAAUCUCCCCGACAGGGUACAAUGUCUCACACUUUGAUCAUAAUUCUAAGUUGAUUGAUUUUUCCCAUUUUUGGGGCUCCAGCUGCUUUUCUUAUCCAACCUCAUAUUUCUCU